UCAACUUAAUCUCAACUUUAUUUCCUACCUAGCUAGCUUCUACUUCGUAUAAUUUACUCAAAUAAACCAUUUAUAAACAUAUUAAUUAUGUGAUAUAUUCCAAUUAAUCGCAUUGUUUAGCUAAGCAAAUUAAACUACUGGUUUUAUAUAUACUUGAUGCAAGGAGAUUUAUGGAGGAAAAAAGCGACGAGGGCAGUCCAUUUGUGGGAGUAAUUACGACGACUAUGAAUUAUAAUUAUUCAUUACGAACAUUGCCAUUUGUUUUUGGAAGAGUUUUAACGAGUUUAGUGGUUUUUUCGACGUUUGGAGUUGCAUUUCUUGUUUUGUUCUAUUCUUCAAGUAACAAUUAUGGGCAGUUUUUACCAAGUUUGGGGCGCUUCUCUUUUACACAAUAUGAUAUCAAUGGCACGGUUAUAGAUGAGUAUUAUGAGUUGAGGAAGGUUCUAGAAGCGGCUUCAACAAAGGACAAAACAGUAAUCUUAACAUCUUUGAACGAGGCAUGGGUAGCACCAAACUCCAUGUUUGAUAUCUUCUUAGAGAGUUUCAAAAUUGGAAAUAAUACUGCCCCGCUACUCGAUCAUUUGCUAGCCAUAGCCAUGGAUGAGAAGGCGUAUAAUCGAUGCCGGAAAUUGAUCUGCCAUUGUUAUUUUCUUAAGAGUAAGCAAUCGUCUGAGAUGGCUAAUGAGGCAGGGUUCAUGACCCCUAUGUAUUUGGAGAUAUUGUGGGAAAGACUUGAUUUUUUGAAAACUAUUUUAAGCUUGGGUUACAACUUUAUUUUCACGGAUACAGAUAUUAUGUGGUUUCGAAAUCCAUUUCCACAUUUCACCCCAGAUUCAGACUUCCAGACCUCAUGUGAUCGAUUCAAUGGCAGGCAAUUCGACAUACAAAACCCUUCAAACAACGGUUUUCUUUUCGUAAGAUCUAACACUCGCACAAUCAAAUUCUACAAAUUUUGGGUUUCUUCAAGACACGCAUAUCCUCCUACACUACACGAGCAAGAUGUUUUCAGUAAGAUUAAAAACGGUACAUACGUGAGAAAGCUUGGGGUGAAAUUUAGGUUUUUAGAUACAAAUUAUUUUGGUGGGUUUUGCCAAAUGAGCAGAGAUUUCAACAAGGUUUGCACAAUGCAUGCUAAUUGUUGUACUGGGUUGGAUAGGAAAAUAGCUGACCUAAACACUACACUUGAGGUUUGGAAGAAUUACAUGUCCUCAAAUCAUUCGAUCCCUACUAAUUGGAGGGUUCCAAAUCAAUGUCAUAUGUGAUAUUCUUCAAUUAACUUUUAGAUGUUAACACAUUGGAAUUGACUUCAAGAACUUGUGUUAAGGUGAGAGUUUAGUAUUUGUAGUUGUUAUUAAUAAUUAAAUGAAUAAUUUGCUUGUUUUGUCUAUAUUUAUAUAUUUGUUGUUGUAUAAAUUAAAUAGACAAUUCAAAAUAAUCAUUAGGCUUCCUUUAACAAAUAAAGUUACUUUUUUUUUUCAUUUCCACUCUACGAGUCUAAGGAAUUAACUUUAAUCAUCUAUUCAUCUACCAAAUCCAUCACUAUUUCAUGUGGUCCUAAUAUUUUGUUUGUAAUUCUAUUUUUUUUUUUAAAAAUCAACUUAUAAAUUUCCACACUAGGGUCAAAUAACUAGAGUCAAUAUCUAGGGGGACUAGGAGAACUUGACCUACAGGUCACAUUCUAGUUUAGCGUAUACAACUGGUUGGUAGGGCUAGACCGCGUCCAAAAUAUGUUGGAGGCCCGUGCUAAUUUUUUAAAUACUCUCUAUAUUUACUAUAUACAGUCAUAC